AUGAAUCCACAUUCACUCAUCAUUCAUCACGCCGACCAACCCCAACAACCACCAUCAAUCACCCAAAUCCUCUCCCUCCCUAUCCUUCUAACUGACAAAAUCCAUCACGCCGUCAACGACGCUAAAUCCUUCAAACAAGAAUGCAACCAGAUCAGUAAUCACGUCGACCAGUUAUCUCAUCUUCUCCGGUCCGUCAUCCGGUUCAAUGACUCCACCGCUUAUUUAUACGACCGUCCGGUUCGCCGAAUUUACACAGACCUCACCACAACUCUUAACCGUGCUCUGUCUCUGGUCCGCAAAUGCCGCCGCCGCUCCAUCUUCCGACGAUUUGUCAGCAUUGUCAGCGCCGCCGAUUUCCGUAAAGUAACCAACCUACUUGACGCUUCCACCGGCGACAUGAAAUGGCUUCUCAACAUAUUUGACGGCGCCGCCGGAGAUUCCGACGGCGGCGGCGGCGGUGUUGUUUUAACCUUGCCCCCUGUUGCUAACAAUGAUCCUAUAUUGGCAUGGAUAUGGUCUUAUAUAUUGUCGUUAUAUUUAUCUAGUUUAGAUGUGAAAAUGGAAGCCGCACGUGAGUUGGCUGUAUUGGCACGUGAUAGCGAGAGGAAUAAAACGGUUAUUGUUGAAGAAGGUGGGAUUUCCCCACUUUUAAAGCUUUUACAUAUUGACAAUUCUAGUUCCUCUGGCGCACAAGUUGCGGGUGCUGUUGCGCUUUUUAACUUGGCUAAUGAUCGGUAUCGAGCGAGAUUGAUUUUUAAUGAACACGGUGUGAUUAUUGUCGUAAACGUAUUUCGUAAUUCGGGGAUAUUAGUUCAAAUCGAAGUUGCUAAACUGAUAGCCAGAAUGGCGGAAUUCGACACCGUUUGUCAAGAGGCGUUUGCUAGAGAGGAUGUGGUUGGAGUAGUUGUUAUGUUGUUGGCGUUUGAUGACGAAGACGAUUAUAGUAAAUGUGGCAAGUAUUUGAGGAGAAGUAUGGGUUCGCUUGACGAUAUUUAUCACCAGAUGGAUACUAGUAUUAAAAGUUAUGGUAACAGGAGGGCUGCGUCGUCGUCGAUAUGGUUAAGGCAUAAGAAAGAGAGUAAGACCGAGACACCAGAGAUGAUACUGGAGUUGAAGACUAAUUGUUCGAGAGCGUUAUGGAUGCUUGCUAAAGGAAACGUAGCGAAUUGUAGGAAGAUCACAGAGACCAAGGGUUUGCUUUGUUUGGCUAAGCUUAUUGAAAAAGAAAAAGGGGAAUUGCAGAUUAAUUGUUUGAUGACGGUAUUGGAAAUCACGGAUGCUGCUGAAUGUCAUCCUGAAUUUAGAAGAGCCGCGUUUAAGACUAGCUCACCGGCUGCAAAGGCAAUAGCGGAACAACUUGUUAAACAGGUUCAUGAAUCGGAUACUCAUGUGAUUGUUAUUCCGGCUGUUAGGGCUAUAGGUCAUCUGGCACGAACUUUUCCUGCUAGACAGACUGAUCAGGUUAUCCGUCCAUUGGUUAAACAACUUAGUCAUGAGAAUCCGGAUGUGGCUACUGAAUCGGUUAUUGCAUUGGGGAAAUUCACGUGUCCGGAUAAUUUCUUAUGUGCGGAGCACUCAAAGACUGUAGUUGACUUUGAAGGAGUCCAACCUGUGAUGAGAUUGUUGAGGGGGAGUGACAGGACACAAUAUCAUGCUCUGGCACUUCUUUGUUAUAUUGCAAUGCAUGCUGGAAACUGCCAGCCGGUUCAACAAGCAAGGCUUUUGACAUCUUUAGAAGGAGCAGAUAAGUCGGCUGCUUGUCAGCGUCCCGAGUUGAGAGAAUUGGUGACCAAGGCGAUAUAUCAUCUUAAGAUGUCAAGUGCUGGUCUGAUUCGUCCGCAAAAUAUGUCUUAUUCACGUUAA